AUGGAAAACCCAUCCCAUUAUAACAUUUCCGACAAUGAAAGAAUAAUAUUAAAUGUUGGAGGAAUAAAGUAUGAAACAUAUCGAACAACGUUAACGAGGUAUCCAGAAACUUUACUUGGAACUAUGUUUCAAGAGCGUAAUAACGCUUUACUUAUUCCAAAGAAGGAAAAUGAAUAUUUCUUUGAUCGCAAUAGUAAAGCAUUUCAUUACAUUCUAGAAUAUUAUCGCACAGGAAAGCUAAUAUGGCCAAAUUAUUCAUUACAAGAUAAUAACAAUUCGUCAAAUAUUUCGUGUGAAGAAUUAAUUAUAGAAUGUGAUUUCUUUCAAAUUCCUAUACCAGAAUUUAUUAAAUCACGAUCAUCAAAUUAUAUCCUUUUCUCAUCCUUUUCGAUUGAAACUGAUAUUCAAGAAAACAAAGAAAUUAGAGAAUUGCUUAAACCAUUUGCCGGAAAUGGAUAUAAUAUCUUGCAAAGAUUUGAAGUGAAGAUUAAACAAAGCUUAAUGAAAAUUCUUGAUCCUGAUGGUAAUGGUUUAAAGAUUAAUGUUAACAAAAUCGAAAGAACUCUUAAUUUUCCUCCAAGAUAUAUUUUAGUCAUUGAGAUUGGUGAUAAUUAUUUCUCAGAUCUUGAUACUGUCUGGGAUAAAGCUUUGAUGGAAAUAUAA